AUGAAACCAUCAAUAUCAACUAUGAUAGAAGAUAAAAUAAUUAAUAAACAAUUAUCAAAUCAAUCAAUAAAUCAAUUAUGUUUAUUAAAUCAAAAAAAUCAUAAAUUAUAUAAAUUCAAUAAUACAAUUAAUAAUAUUCAUAAUGAUAUCAAUGAACAAUUAAAACGUUAUCGUACUAGUUAUACACAAAAACAAAUUGAAUUAUUAGAAAAAACUUAUCAAUUAGAUCGUUAUAUUAAUCGACCUCAAAGGGCUAAAUUAUCUGUUGAAUUAAAUUUACCAGAGAAUAAAAUUAAAGUUUGGUUUCAAAACCGGCGAAUGAAAGAGAAACGUCAAGCUCUAAUGCUGCCAACUGUUGCAGGUAAAGAUCCUUAUUUAAGAGAAACUCUUCUAAGAGUUACACAAUUAUAUUGUGCAACACGUUAUGGUAAUGAAUCUUCCAAUAUAGAUAUAACAAAAUUCCAAUCAAAAGUUUCACAAAAUAAAAAUGUCUCGAAUGAAAUACGUAAACGAAUAAGAACAUCAUUUAAUCCAACCUCAAUAACAUCUGAAUUAUCUAAUAAAAACAAUCACAAUAAUUGUAAAUUACAAAAUUUACCAAAUAAACCAUGGGAAAAACAAUCGAAUUUAAUAACUAACAAACAUAAUAUAAUUCAUAAAGAGAAUGAGGUUAAUCAGUCAAAUAUAUACAAUAAUAAAUCUAUGCUAAAUAUUACAAAUGAGCAAAUUAUAUCAAAGAAACAUGAAACCAAAGUUAUUACUUCAGAUAGUUCUUGUGAAACUUCUAAUCUGAAAUAUCAGAAUAAUAUACAAUGUUCCAAUGAUAAUAUUAUUAAUAAAAAUAUUGAUAUGAAUAAAUGGACAAUGAUUUCUUAUCCUUUAAAUCUUUCAACUUCAUCAAUUAGUAGUGAUGAAAAUCAUUCAUUAUUUGACGAUCAAUUUAUUCAAACAAAACAAAAUAUUUCUAAUCUAUAUUCAACAUUUCCAUUUAUUCAUAAUAAUACAUCUUCAAUGAUGUUAGAUUAUCCUAAUGAAUCAGUUAUAUCAUCUACAAUAUCCCAAAUGAAUUCAUUCUAA